CAAAAUUCCCCAGUUCUUCCACAACCCCACAGGUCCAUUCGCACGCAAAGGAGCCAAAUCGCCAUAACCUCGAAGCUUCUGUUUAAUUGAAUCGGAGUUUAAAAACUUCCGCCGUCGGCCACCGCCUUAUCUCACCGGCUCUCUCAUCGAUCUCGUCGUUUCGAAAACUCACCGAGAUUACAAUUAGGGUUUUCAGAAAAUUUUGAUUCGCGAUAUGCCGAUUCGGUGUACUCUGAAAUUCAGAGUGUUAGCUUUUUUUCUUCUUUUUUGGACAUUCCUAAGCUGCCAUUCAGGGGGUGCUGAAUCGGCUGUUGUUACGCUUGAUUCCAUUGUAAUAUACAAGACGCACGAGUGGUUAGCAGCGAAACCAACUGUUUAUUUUCACUGUCUAGGGGGAAAUAAGACGACAUUGCCUGAUGUACAGAAAGAGCAUGUUUUAUAUAGCUUCAAUGGUGAAGAAUCAUGGCAGCCAUUGACUGAAUUUAAAAGCAAAAAGUGUAAGCGAUGUGGGUUCUAUGAAGAGGACAGUAUUAAAUCUGAUGAUGUAUUUGAAGAAUGGGAGUUUUGUCCAUCUGAUUUUACAUCUCCUGCUGGAAAAUAUGUACGAUUCAAUCCAAAAGAGUUCAAUGCCACUUUUUUAUGCUUGCAGUGCACAGCAUAUUCCAAUGUUACCAGUACAAGUUCCAGUACAAGUUCGUCUACGGAUGGGGGAGAAAAGGGAAUGCAUGCUGCUGUAAUCAUAGUUAUCAGUAUAGUAGCUUCCAUUGUGUUGAUUCUUGGGAUGGUGGUUGGUUACAAAUAUUGGCAAAAAAAGAGAAGACAGCAAGAUCAAGCCAGGUUUCUAAAGCUGUUUGAAGAUGGGGAUGACAUUGAAGAUGAAUUGGGCCUUAGCGAUGUAAUUUGAAAGUUGGUAUACUAAAAGAAAAAGAUACGAAUGUACAGAAACACUCAUUUAUAUUAUUAUUUUUUUAAACACAUCGAAAUAGAAAAAUUCAGACAUUUGGCCUCUUCGUUAGAGGCAUUAACCAGUUGAAACACAUUUUGUGUAACCUUUGGGUUAGAAUAGAAAUAACAUCAUGAAGUUUCGGCAUUAUUCUUUAA